AUGCUGUUCUCACGUCAAUUCACCGGAGCUUUCUCCAAGUCCUUCAAGUCUUCGUCUCUCGCACGAUCUUCGGGACCCCACCGCCUCUCGUCCAACUCCAGCCAACCCCAGCGCCCCUCCUCCGCCCCCCAAAACACCCGCAACCAAUUCAAAGUCAUCCCCAUCCUCAUCCUCAUUGCCAUCUCCUCCGGUUCCUACGCUCUCCUUGUGAAAUCUCGCACCGGACAAUCCACCCGCCCUCAAAACUAA